UCGCAAUCGCAUCGCAUUGCGAAACAUCUUUUUGCGUUUUACUUUCCCGAGCCGAUUGUCCGCCGCCUCAAACCACCAGACAAGAUGUUGUAUGAGACUAUUGGUAUUGUCCGCCCGGGCAACAUCGCCGAGGUGAAGGAACUCGUCCUAACAGCCGGCAAACUCAUCCUCAACCAAGGCGGCGUCAUCCGCGACAUCAAGAACUGGGGCACUUUCCUGCUACCCCGUCCCAUCUCCACCAACCAGCAGCGCCAUAACCGGGGCCACUACUUUGUCAUGCGGUACGACGCCAGCAUCGCGACGCACGAAGAAGUCCGACGCACCAUGAAGGCCGACCCGCGCGUGAUCCGCACGGCGAACGUGAAGCUGGGCGAUGGCAAGCUGGAGACAUUGUCGAGGUUUGGGGCGAUUCCUUGGAGGAGUUUGGAGGAGGCGUAAAUCACAUUCAAGAUUAAGCGGGUGUGGAAUGGAACGGGGCUUGUGUGUCUGUCUGUCUGGGAAAGGGCACGGAGAUAACCUCUGAGGGAGGGCGUGGGAUGAUGUACGAUGUAAGAUGGAAGGAUGGAUGGACAGAUGGAUGGGAAAUACCAAAUUGAAUCAAAUCGACAUGUAUCCAUC